AUGGCCGACCAAGUCAAGUACACGCAAAAGCUCAAGGGCGACAAAGUCCUCAUCAUCGGCGGCUCAGCAGGCAUCGGCUACGGCGCCGCCGAAGCCUCCCUCGAAAACGGCUGCACGGUAAUAAUCUCCUCCUCGAACCCGUCCCGCGUGGAAAAAGCCAUCACCUCCCUCCAAAAAACCUACCCGUCCGCCGCAUCCCGCAUCACCGGCCACGCCUGCGACCUCGGCGACGAGGCGACGCUCGAGUCGAACAUCGCGGCGCUCUUCGAAGCCGUCGGCGACGGCAUCGACCACGUCAUCCACACGGCCGGCGACAGCCUGGCGGUGAAGGCGCUGCCGGAGAUCGAUAUGGAGUUUAUCAAGAAGGCCGGGCUCGUGAGGUUUUAUGCGCCGUUGUUUAUUGGCAAGUAUGCGCCGCCGAGGAUGAAUCCGGGGCCGAAGAGUUCGAUUACGUUGACGACGGGGGGUGUGGCGGAGAGGCCGAAUCCCAACUGGACCGUCGUCAACUCCUAUGCCACAGGCCUGCAAGGUAUGGUGCGCGGCCUAGCCCUCGACCUGAAGCCCAUCCGCGUGAACCUCGUGUGUCCAGGGGCCGUCGACACGGAACUCUGGGCGGGGAUGAGUCCCGAGCGGAAGGCGGGGUUUUUCAAGCAGAUUGAGGAGAAGUUGCCCGUGGGGAAGGUGGGCACGAUCGAGGAGGUGGCGGAGAGUUAUCUGUAUUUGAUGAAGGAUCGGAAUACCACCGGGACGCAGGUUGUGACGACUGGGGGGCAUUUGAUCGUUUAG